GUUUCUGUUUGGCUCCUCCUGUUAGACCUUGGAGCGAGAGGCUCCAGCGUCCGGGUCAAUGGAGUGAAAUGCAGAAGCGGGCCCCGUGCGGUCUUUAGCCCGUCUCCCGUCGCGUGCUCAGGCGCGCCGAGGGCAGUCCUGUGGGGUCCUCGCGGCCAGCCAAGAUGGCCGCCGCCGCAGUGAAGGCUGUGCGAGGGUGGUCUGGCCGGGCGCUGGGCUUGCGGCGUGCUCUCCUACCGCUCCCAGGGAUAACCCAGGUGAGGUGGAGCCGCUAUGGCCCUGAAUACAGGGACCCCCAGGUCGACAAGGAACAUUACCGCAAGUCUGUGGACGAGCUCACUGAAGAGGAGAGGUAUGAUCAGGAGCUCAAGAAGACUCAGCUCAUCAAGGCUGCGCCAGCCUCGAGAACAAGCUCUGUGUUUGAAGACCCACUGAUCAGUAAAUUCACCAACAUGAUGAUGAAAGGAGGGAACAAAGUGCUGGCCAGAUCACUCAUCACACAGACUCUGGAAGCCGUGAAGAGGAAGCAGUUCGAGAAGUACCGUGCUGCUUCUGCAGAGGAACGGGCGAACAUCGAACGCAACCCCUACACCAUCUUCCACCAAGCCCUAAAAAACUGUGAGCCUGUGAUUGGGCUGGUGCCUAUCCUUAAGGGUGGCCAUUUCUACCAGGUCCCUGUGCCCUUGGCUGACCGCCGUCGCCGCUUCCUGGCCAUGAAGUGGAUGAUCACCGAGUGCCGAGAGAACAAGCACCGGCGGACGCUGAUGCCGGAGAAGCUGUCAAAUGAACUGUUGGAGGCUUUUCACAACCAGGGCCCCGUGAUCAAGAGGAAGCACAACAUGCACAAGAUGGCCGAGGCCAACCGUGCCCUGGCCCACUAUCGCUGGUGGUAGAGAGGGCAGAGGUUCCAGCAGAACCCCAGGGCACUGCAGGGAACUAUGAGCCACCGCCACUCUGGAGAAUGCUUGGGGGCUAAAGAUGCAGCUCCUCUCUAAAGCGUGGGCAAUCUCACAGGAAAGAUGGAGAAGUGUGUUUA